AUGGACGACAUUCAACCCACCGCGCGAUGGGCAAACCGCAUGCUGCGACCUUUGACCUCCAUAUACCGUCGACUCGAGAAACACCAUGAAACACUAGCGACGAUCGCGGUCGAUUCAAGGAUAAAGGCGGAAAUUGAAGAUAUCGAUAAGCAUACGCCACCAAUCGCCGAGCCUGUGAAUACCCGAGACACCCUCUCUGGCUCAGACGCGGACGAGGACGACCCAGUUUGGAUCCCAGGGAAAAAGCCCGAGCAGCGGCGCAACAAGCAUAACUAUUCAGGCCGAGGACAAGGGAAAGGUGGAAGGAAACGCACGAGACUAUCGAUAAACAGCCCGGAAGCCCCUCGCACACUGCCAGGCGCAAUUGAGCUUGCAACACCUCUGAUCACUGGCAAGCGUUGGGAGAUCCCGUCAAGCGCUCGAUCCCAAUUCUCGAUUGAACGGCGGAACGAAGUUCACAGAAAAGGCCAGCAGCAAGCCUUUCGCGACCGAUAUUCGCUGCACAAGAGCCCAUGGCAAACGCUUCUUGACCAGUCGGACUCGGGGUUUGCUGACAUAGCCCACAAUCUUGACCGCGUUCUUCAAAACUUCCUUUGCAACACACGGGUCGUUCAACGUGGGACGAAUGGUACAUUGGCUAAGCCCGAGCGCGGCGCGCGUUCCUUGCUCUCUAUGGUGGCGCGCAGCCUGCCAGAGUUCAUUGCAAGAGAGCAGGAUGCACAGAAUGAUAUGGAGCACGAUGGUGAAGAAGACAUGUACGAUGCAUACUAUACGGAACUGGAAUCAUUUUACGCACCCCAUGGCAGAGGCUGGAAGCCUCUUCGCGAGGCAGUUCGUGCCCAGGGCAUCCAUAUGGUGUCUACCAUGAUCCAGAACAAAUGGGUCACCGAUCCAAUCGCAUGCGCACUGGUUGAAAAAUGCGGGCCCAACGAACUAGACGCUUGCGAAUCACUCCUCUCGACGUUCCUCUCCACACGCACGAAGUAUCACUACCCGCUUGCCCUCAAGUCCGACACAGAGCCGCGUAUCGGAGACCCUAUUCUACUCCUACGAAAAUACACUCGAUAUGGUUCAGCUAGUCGGUCUUUUAUCUUUGACGAGCUUGCCAAGCUACUUAUACGUGGUGUGCUGCCGCCAGAAUGGAUGGCGACCAAACAUUGGAACAGUUGGAUGACCCGAGCCACGAUAUCAUUUUCCAAAGGCGAUAGCGACUGUGCUGCGGCUUCACAGCUGAUUGAGGCUGUGCUUGUUUCUGCCAGUGAUAUCCGUCCGGCCCCCGAGGCUCCAAACCCCAAGAGAAGACUUCGGGCCAAGCUCCGAGCUACUGGUGGAAGGGCAACUCGGGCUUCUUUUGGAGGACCGGCCAGUAAAGUUGAGACUAUACGUCCUUGUCCUGUGCCAAUUGAAGACGCACUGAGCAAUCAUAUCACGAGUCUUUUGGCAGCUUUAUGCGGCAUGCAUAUCUCACGGUCCCGCGAUCUGGAGGAUGUUGAAUCCUUCGAUGGAACAAAAGCGGGCCACAUCAUUAAUUAUCUUUCUUUUAACCUGGAAAAAGACAUGGCGUUACGGCCAAUGUCUCAUGUUAUCAACCUCACAUCACAUCAGUUGUUUAGACGGGGUUGUAUCUUGUUGGCAAAUUGCCUAUUGCAAUGCAACGAUGCAGCUUUGACGGGUGUCAGCCCAUGUAUGAUGAUAUCGAACCCCAGACUUGAUAAGCACUGUGACAUGUUGGCGUCGCGCGCCGACUUGGUGAAGGAACUGGCACUUUUCGUGCGACAAGCCUUCCGAUGCUUUGGAAGUGCUACGGACAAUGAGCGUUUAUACACUGCCCAAGAGAUUCGCCGUAUUAUCUCACAGUUUCCUCGCUUGGCCCAAGCCUCAAGUCUAUCUGCUUUACUAUGUCAAGUAGCCAUUGAGUCUGCCAUGGGAUUUGCAGAGGGCACAGGGGAACCUGAUGACCAUGUAUGGGCAGUUGAGAUUCAAGAGACAGUCAUUGCGCUGCGGAAUGGAAGAGAGUCAAGUCCAGAAUCUACGGAUGAAUCGGAUGAGCAAGGGCUGCGCAGAGGAUACCGAUGGGAAGAAAGCAUUGGAGAAUGGGUUGCCCGUACACCAGCAGCCAAAUCAAAUCCGGGGCCUAGCGUGGUUGUCAGAAGACGUACCUCCCUUGCGCUACCCAUGCUAUGUAACCCUUGCUCAACGGACAGCAGCUCUCCCGAGUCAGACCGGUUUGAAGGGCCUGCCUCGAGUUUGACCUCAUCGCCUUCUUCCGCCGGAACGAAACGAGACUAUGGGGAAUUUGACUCGUCGCCUCUACGCCCGGUUAGAAGUCGACCGUCUGCGCGGGGGAUUGUAAUCGCCAACUCAGAAGAGAGAAGCUGUGGAGCCAGGUCGUCUAGCCCUGAUAUCGAUAUCAGAUCUCCUUCUUUAGAACCAGUGCCCCAUGAGCGUCGCAUUCUACGCGAUGUCUCCAAUCAGAAUACCAUCCCACGAGCGACUCCCAAGAGCUUAAAGCGUCCAUCCGCAGUCGAAGUGGUCAUAUUCAACAAGAAACAGGCACGCACGAGCGACCAAACCUCGCAAUUUUCAUCAGAGCCUCAUCAGAAACAGGUCCAUCGUGCAGUGGAGCGACGAAGGUCCGGGCCACCUCGAAUUUCGAAUAUUCCAGCUGCCGCUCAACGAAGGUCUAUCAUUCCCUGUUCGGAAGAUGACAGUGACGACGAGCUAAGCUUCAUCUAG